AGCCAUCAGUGUGAGCCUGAGUACUCACACAGUGCAGGUGCAUAUCAGAAGACCCAGAGAGGAGAGUCAACUGGAAGUCUGGAAUAAAAGACAAAAAUAUCUCCAAAAAACAGAAGCAAAACAAGAAGUGAAGAUGAAUUUCUUUGUCCUCGUUGUCAUCCUUGCAGCGGUCAGCAUGGAUGUGGCUUUUUCACAAAGAUCAUCAAUACAGGCAAGACAACGGUGUCUGUCUGGAGAUGGGAGUGAAUACAGUGGAAAUGUUGACAAGUCAUCCACCGGUCGCUCAUGUCUCUACUGGAACAGGGUUAAACCUCAGUGGAAUAAUGUACCUGGACUUGGCAGACAUCAUUACUGCAGGAAUCCUGACAAUUCCGACAUGCCAUGGUGCUUUGUCACAAAAAGAAAGAGGACUGUGAGAGAAUACUGUGAUAUUCCCAGAUGUCCAGCAUCACAAACACCUCCUCAGCUACCUGUGGAUACAGCGCAAACGUGUGGAGAGACAUCUGAGAAGAAGAUGUAUAAAAUUGUAGGUGGCUCUUUCACACCUAUAGAGUCGCAGCCAUGGGUUGCUGCCAUUUUUCAUAAGCGCUAUGGUUUCCUCUGUGGUGGCACUCUCAUUUCACCAAGCUGGAUUCUCACUGCAGCUCACUGCUUCUCUGAUGGUGAGAAUACCAAACUCACACAUCUGUCCAUAUACCUGGGAAAGAGUGCCAUUAAUGAAACAAAUGCCGGCAGUGAGCAAAGGUUUGCUGUGGAAAGACUUAUCAUGCAUGAAGGAUAUGAUGAUACUACCUACAACAACGACAUAGCUCUGAUUAAGCUCAAAGGCAGAGGUAGAGGAUAUGCAGUUAAAUCAGCUUCUGUACGCAUAGCUUGCCUUCCUCCAUUUCACACUGAGCUACCUCCUGGAUUUACAUGCAGCAUCGCAGGAUUUGGGAAGGAGAGCGCAGGGUCAUUCCAGUUUUCACAGUAUCUGAAACAGGCUGAGGUAAAACUGAUGUCCAAUGCUGACUGUAGCAAAAAAGUGCACUACGGAACACGCAUCACUGAUAACAUGUUCUGUGCUGCGAGCCCCGACUGGAGCACUGAUGCCUGCAAGGGAGACUCUGGCGGUCCUUUGGUGUGUGGAGCAUCAGGUCGGAUGUUUCUGUUCGGCGUGGUGAGCUGGGGUGAGGGCUGUGCCAGGAAAAAUAAACCAGGUGUCUACACAAAGGUCACCAAUUACAACACGUGGAUCGCAGGGAAAACAGGACUCAUCGAAUACGCAAAAGGACUGAUGUAUCCCCUGAAAUGAAACUGUCCCAGAAUCGUAUUUAUUUAUUAAGUGUUCCCUAAAUGCAGGAGCUUUUUUUUUUCUUUGCACAUGCAAGCAAGUGGAGACGUUGCAGGUUUUGUUCUGAGAGCAGCUACCAUCACAUGUGAAACAUGUGAACAUGUUUUUGCACUGAAACGAUUUAAUGUAAAUAUUUUAAAAGAGUAUUUUAAAAACUGCUUUAAUUUUGGUUGCAUUAUAUAUUUUUAUGAGCUGAAAGGUGGCACG